AUGAAUCCUCCUCACAAACAAGAAACUGAUCUCUUCCAUAACCACCACAAUCACCAUGACCUGGUAACAUCACUUCCUCCUCCUCCUCCUCCUCAUCAUCAUCAGAUCAUCAUACCAGCUCCUCAAACUCAAUCACAACCGUCCAUUCAUCAAGACGACCUUUCUCUCCCCGGAAUCGUCCUCUUCCGGUCCCCUUCCUCACCCGAUAACUCACCGAGUCAGUCCUCCUCCGACAACGACGACUCACUGAGUCAUCAUCACCACCGCCGCCAAAACGACCUCCACAACAACUCCAACCGUAACCACAACCCUCACGCGCCUGCUUUUAUUAACCCUGAGCCACACAUAUCCGCACAGUUCUACACAUUCAAUGCUGAAUCUCACACUCUUAUGAUCCGUUGCAUACUCGAGCACCGCCUCGCCACUCCCGACGAGAUCCGGACGGCUACGCCGUGCACGGUGUUAAAAUCGUGGCGAAAUGUCUGGAAAGAUCGGAAUGAAGACACCGCUUACAUAACCGGAUGGAAACGGAUUCAGGAGAAGUUAACGAUUCACGUGGACCCUACAUCUGGUAACGAAUUUCUUUGUUUUAAAAAUAAUUCACAGCAAUUUGUUUCUCAUAUUGAUCAAUGGCAAGAUAUUGUUACGAGUUUCCACGGCGACGCCGAUUUAAAACAUUUAGGGUUAAGAGAAACAAUAGAGAGAAUUAAACAAGUUUGGACUGUAGGUGCUAAGUUCUAUGGAAUUCCGGAGAGUUUUAUUAGGGUUUGUGUGGCUGCCUGUUCUGUUUGUUCAGCGAGUGAAGGUUCUAAUUCGCGGAAUAAACGUCGGCGUUUUGAGUAUACAGAGUCAUUUGAUGUGCCGGCGAAGGAAGUUCCAACAAAGUUACAGCAAUUAGCAGCGAAACAUAAGGUUGUACUUUGUAUUAGACAGAAGUAUAUUAGGUAUAAACCGUUUAUGGCAGAAGUUAAGGAUUAUGCAUGCCAUAGGGCGGGAGAGCCAGUUGCGAAGAAGUCAAGGAUGUUGAAAAGGGAGCCUUAUGCAUCAAAGAGGUGUGGAUGUGGGUUUAGGAUUAGGGCGAUUGUUCCGAUUACAAAUUAUAACGAAAAGGAUAAGACAUUUGUGUAUCAAGAAGAGGGUAUGGCGGUGUUUAAGUUAUAUGCAGUGCAUUCAGGGCAUGAACCUGGGCCCCUGGAUGGGAAUGCGAGGAUAAUGCAUCGGGUUGUUGGGCAUAAAGGUGGUUUUAUGAUGGAUCAAGAAAUGGUUUAUGGGGUGCGUGAGGACGUGGAUAGUGAAGGUUUUGGGUUGCUGGGGAAGGAUGAUGGGGAAUUUCGGCUUUCAGUUUUGCAGCAGGUGCAAGAGUUGAGAGCUGAAAUUGGGUUAUUGGAAGGUCGAUUGAGGAAAAUCCCGAGUGAAUUGUUGGGUUCAGUGGCUCAGGAAUUGUUUGAUGUUGUCAACAGAGUUAGGAAUAUAGGGGAAGAGAGUUCAAAGACAAUUGGGUUGCUUUCGCACAAGUCUCAUUCGGAUGAUGUGUUAGUGGGGGAGAAUGAUCUGGCGCACUGGACUGAUCAUCAUGAACGGAUAUAUGGGAAUGGCAAGGAGGCAGAAUUGAUUGAAGAUGAUGAAGAUAGUUUUGAGCGGACACUUGGGGAUGUUGUUCCCUGGGACCAGAUGAGGACAGAGUGUAGGAGUGAGAAGGACUUGUUGAGUGAGCCUUGUAAGCCUGAAAAGUGGUUGAAGUGCAGUGAUUUUGAUGAAAAGAGCAUUCUUGACUGUGAAGAUACUAAACUAACCAAGCCCAUGAGACAUGAUGAGGGUAUAGCAACGGAUGUAGGUCUUAUACAGGUUGAUAGUUUCUAUCAAGAGAAUCCUAAAUGGUAUGAUUCACCUUGUGGGUUAGACAGCAGUGCAGAUUGUGGGGACAGUGAAUUCAGACAUGGGGAAAUUGUUUAG